AUGAGAUAUAAGACAUAUUUGUAUAUAUCAUUAUUCAUACUAAUUGGAUAUGUGAGAUGUGCAGAUAAACCUACCCCAGAUGAUGAUGAAUCUUACACAUUUGAUGUAUCAUCAGAUGACGAAGAUAAAAGUUAUAAUUUUGAAGUAUCAUCAGAUGACGGAGAUGAUAGCUAUAAUUUUGAAGUAUCAUCAGAUGAUGGAGAUGAAAAUUAUAAUUUUGAAGUAUCAACACCACUAACUCAUCGUAUUUAUCAACCUACACCACAUCCACAACAUACACAAUAUGAACAGUAUCCACAGCCUACACAACCCACUGUGUCUAGUCAGCCACCAAUUUAUCAAACACCGGAACAGCAUUAUCCAGAAUUUCAAACACAACCAGGAUAUCAACGUCAAGGUCCUUAUGAACAGUAUCCACCAUUUCAACCAUAUCAACCAAUACAACAUUAUGUACCUCCAACAGAUCAAUCUGUACAACCUACACAACAACUCACUGAACCUACUCCACUAGUUCAACCGUAUCAACCUGUACCUUAUGAACAACCAGAAUCUCAGUAUCAACCACAACUUACUGAACCACCUACACAACAACAACCUCAAUAUCAACCACAACCUCAAUAUCAACAAUACCAACCAUACCAACAAUACCAACCAUACCUACCUUAUCAACCAUAUCAGCCACCUCAGCCACAACCUCAAUAUCAACAGUAUGAACCAUACCAACCUUACCCACCUGCUCCUUAUGUACAGUAUCCACAACCUACACAACCAUAUGGACCUACUCCACAAUAUCAACCUUACCAACCAUACCAGCCUCCAAUGGAUCAAUCUGCACAACCUGAAUCAGAUGAACCUGGUGAUAGAUCAGAUGAACCUGGUGAUAAGCGAGAUAAGCGAGAUAGGUCAGGAGAUGAAGAAGAACGACCUAGUAAAAGAAGAAAGAUUAGAGCACCUAGAAGAUGUAAAGAAGUCAAAUUCUUAAAGAAGAAUCCUGAAGGAAAUCUGAUUGAAAUGAUAAGAAAUGAUUAUAAUAUUAGAUAUAAUGAUAGAGAUAAAUUCAAAUGUGACUUUAAGGUAAAUCUUGAGGGAAUUGUCUGUGACAGUCAUGUUAUUUAUGAACAUUUAGAAGGAACUCCCUAUUGUUCCACAUUAACCCACAGCAAAAGAAAUGACAUUUUUGUCAUAAAUAAUCUUUCUAUAUUUAUAUUAAUUAAGAGAACUGAAGAUUCAUGGAAAACAACUGUAAAAGAACUUCCAAGUAAUAUCAAGUUGUAUGGCGAAGAUUCUGAGGGUUCUGAAAUUGAUUUGAAAAGAGAAGAUUAUUCUGUUAGUUUUACUUCACAUGGAUCUUUUAAAUAUUUAAUUUCACCAGAUAAAAGGUGUACUAAAAUUAUAGUUGAAGGCAUAGUUGUUUGGGAAAAAACUGAAGAAUAUGGGCAUCCAAUAGCAAUUUAUGUUACUCCUAGAUUGGAUGUUUUAAUUAACUUUAACGGAUAUAACAUAUUGUUAGGAAGGAGGUCUACUAGAUAUAAAUUGGUUUCCAAAAAAAAUAGUACGGGAAGAGCUAAAUAUACCUAA